AUGAAAGGUCUACUGGGAUUAUCAAGAAUGGUAGGCACUUCCAAAAAGAAUAAGGGGAAAAAGAAGAGUAGUUGGACCGUUAAGUUUUGGUCACCAUCUGAAGGGGUGCUACCUGCCAAAGAUAAUUAUGGCUACACGACAACGCGCACGUUUCUUGAGUAUGGUAGGCGCAAACAAUAG